GUAAAUAGACAUACCUCACAAUAGGUAAUACUAAUGACAGUAUACAUGACUCACUCCUCCUCAUCAAACCCCUCCAUACCCUAUCAAACCACCUUAUCAUAGAACUAUCUCCGUACCGCCGAUCCAGUGGAUUCCAAUUCCAACGGGCUCGGACGAUCGGAUCCGCAGUUCGCGCAACCAGCAGGACUAAGACCGAGUCUCCAGAUUCAAGGAAAAGAACCGUUUGACCCACCGCCGAUCGCGCCGAUCAACGUCCCAAAGGCCGAACGGAGAAAAACCCAAUCCCAAUUUUGGAUGAACGGGUGUUUGAGCGUGUUUCGGGUUCGGGGGUUUUUUUUCUGUGUGUCGCAAAAUGUGAACGCGGUUGUUUUGCCUGUUUUGUUAGGGUUUAUAUUAUUGAGAUGGUUGGGGGUUGGUGAUGCCGAGGUUCGUGGUUUUAAUUCAGGUUGUAUUUCUAGACAGACUGCACUGGUUCUGGCUGAUUUAGGAUAUUUGGGGUAGGGGAGUGGCAAUCAGCGACGGAUGUUUUUCCGACG